CACCAAGCCAACUUGCCUAUACCACACCUUCGUCUGGCCGACUGGACUGCACUGAGGGCAAUUAGACCAUGGUCGUCAAGAUUCGCCUCGCCCGAUUCGGGCGAAAAAAUUCGCCCUUCUACAACAUUGUCGUCGCGCACGCCCGCACGGCGCGCAACUCCCGACCGCUUGAGGUGCUAGGCACGUACGAUCCCAUCCCCAAGCCGGAUCCCUACGACAGCUCCGGCGCUUUGCACAAGGACAUCAAGCUCGAUACCCAGCGCGCGCGAUACUGGGUUGGCGUCGGCGCUCAGCCUACCGACACCGCCUGGAGGCUGCUCUCGAUGGUGGGCGUCUUGCCUAAGAAGCACUUCGGCCCCAAGGAGAACAAAGAGACGGCUGAAGUAAAGGCAAGCAAUGUUCGUAUUCGAUGAAUUGCCGUUGAGGGAGCGAUUGGAGCACGGUGUAUGAUAUGGACUACAUGAGCAUUGGUGGCGUUUUUGGAUGGGACUUGGGCUACAACAAGGGCACAAGGGCCGCAAGAUUUCUACGCUGCCCGGACGGACUAAACUGUGUGGCAAUGACAUUACACCUGGCCUUGAAUUGCCGCUUGAGAGGGUGUUUGCAGUCGCUCAGUAGGAGAGGUCGAGCAGGAACAGACAUGAAUGUUGCUUCAGCGCUUCGAUAUACAACCACAUACCGUGGGUAUUUCCUUCU